GGCCGCGCCGGGACCAUGAGGCGGCCGGGGGCCUGGCGGCUCCUGCGCGCGGCCGGCAGCCGGGGCCGCGGCGUCUCCGCUCCCCGCGGGCGUUGCUCGCCGGCCCUGCGGAGAGAUUUCUUGACUACUACAACUACGGGUGGAUAUGAUAGGAGACCAGUAGACAUAACUCCUUUAGAACAGAGGAAAUUAACUUUUGAUACCCAUGCACUGGUUCAGGACUUGGAAACUCAUGGGUUUGACAAAGCACAAGCAGAAACAAUUGUAUCAGCACUGAGCACUUUAUCAAAUGUGAGCCUGGAUACCAUCUAUAAGGAAAUGGUCACACAAGCUCAACAGGAAAUAACAGUACAACAGCUGAUGGCUCAUUUAGAUUCCAUCAGAAAAGACAUGGUCAUCCUAGAGAAGAGUGAAUUUGCAAACCUGAGAGCAGAGAAUGAGAAAAUGAAAAUUGAGUUAGACCAGGUUAAGCAGCAGCUGAUGCAUGAAACCAGCAGAAUCAGGGCAGAUAAUAAACUGGACAUCAACCUUGAAAGGAGCCGAGUAACAGAUAUGUUUACAGACCAAGAAAAGCAACUUAUGGAAGCAACCACAGAAUUUACCAAAAAGGAUACUCACAUCAAAAGUAUUAUUUCAGAGACCAGUAAUAAAAUUGAUACUGAAAUUGCUUCCUUAAAAACAUUGAUGGAGUCUAACAAGCUUGAGACUAUUCGUUAUCUCGCAGCCUCCGUGUUUACUUGCCUGGCAAUAGCAUUGGGAGUUUAUAGAUUCUGGAAGGACUCCUAAUGCUCCUACUGCUGCUGCUGACUUCUUAGAGCACUACAUCAGGACAGAUUGUCUUUUAACAGUGUCAGUUUAGCAAACAUUUACUACAGGAUUAUUCAAAGUAUGAAUGGACUGCUGAGAAGUAUUUUAUCUUUAUUUUACAUGCUGUUAUUUUAUUAUGUUGAAAAGCUAUCAUCCAAAAUCUGAUUUAUAUAAGACAGAAAGGUAUUUUUGUCUCUAGAGUUGUUUGGUAGUUAAAAACUUAAACAAGAGUAUUGUGUUUGAACAGCUUUGUAAAUCAAGUAAGGUUUUGUUGAUAUCUGCUGCAAAUUGAAAAUACUCCCUCUGUACAUACUGACUGGCUUAAUUUUCCUAACAGCUAUUGCACAGUUAAAUUUUUAUAGAAAAUAAAAACUUACUAUGACCAAG